AAACUUUCAUUCCCAUUUGCUGACCUUCCAGUCGAGCUAGCCCUCAUUAUCUUUAAACAUGCGGCACAACCCAGUUUCUCCCAAUCUGCACCAUACAAGUCUCAAAACCCAUAUUCAUCCGCCCUCGCUCUCUGUCUUGUCUCUAAAGAGGUCAGGAAAACAGUGUUGCCCGAAAUUCUUCGCACCGUGUUGCUCCCGCAGUUGCACAACGUGACAGCAUUCGUGGAUGCUUUACGCAUGCAGGAGACAUAUGCUCAGCAAGACCACCAAUUCAAAUUCGACUACGCGAAACACGUACGCAGGAUUUGGAUGGGACAGUUUCGUGGCCGCCUCCCAGGACUUUCGCUCAACGGAUUCGGACAAAUGCAAUCUGGGCUAGACCUCAGCCCCCUGGCCCCCGUCCUGCUCGCUGCACCAUCCAUCGCGGUCGACUUUGAGAAUCUGGAACUUCUGUCGGCUUGCCUCUUUCAUGCCUGGAAAUCUCGCUCGGACAACCACGAAGAAUCUCCGGCUCUGUACAGCCCAAAAAGCUUGAUGGUGACGGGUUCUGAGUCGACCCGCCAAUGGGCAUCCUACAUCAAGACUGACCACGGAGCGGCUUUCCUCGCUUCCAUCUCUCACGUCAUCUCCAUCACACACACAAUAGCCGACAGCACUCGGCACCAGCGUGGCACCUGCCACCGCGAGAAUGCAGCGAAAAUCUACAAGCUGCCUGAUUGGAUGAUGCGGGCGCCA